AUGCACUUCACAAAUCACCUCCUCGCCCUCCUACCCAUUUUAGCUCGGUCACUCGCCUCCUCAACUACAGCCCGCAUCUGGGCCGAAUUCUUCCCCUCCUGUCCCAUCAACCGCAUCCACCCAGCCUCAGCCCCAGACCACCUUCCCCACGAGGAGUUCAUCUCAGCGCUCAAUAUCUCCCCGGGGACCUGCACGAAUAUCUUCGUGCCGCUCUCGUACGGCCGCGAGGUAACGCACAUGUCCUUCGACGCGGAAGUCAAAGUCGAAGGCACCAGACCCGAAAAGUGCAGAAUUGCCAUACACGAAGUCCCCGGAUGCGUCGACCCGCCUCUCCUCGAACAGGAGGUGAAGCACGGCCUCGCGUCCAGCGAUUGCGUCCCUAGGAACUUCGUUUCGUAUAAUCAGGUUUGGGUCAGGUUGGACUGCGUAGAGGAGGAGAACGGGGAGGUGCCGUCGAGUGAACAACCGGCGCAUAGCCAUAAGCCCCUGCUUCAUGACCGUCCUUAUCUCCAUGGUAACAAUUCGAUGGACUUGGCGAACCAGACUGCGCCUUAUUUGAAUGGAACGGGUUCCAGUACUGCUGCCAGGCCGGUCUCGCUGCGGAGGGCGCUGCGGAUACGGUUGUAG